UGUAACUGGAUAAAAUGGCAAGAAACUGAACUUGAAAUUGUGUACGACAGUACUGGAAUUUUGACUUUUGACUUAUUUCUGUUGACACAUCGGCAACAAACGUGUACUUACUGCCUAGAAAUUGACACGAACCAGAGAAGCAAUGGCACUUCGACAGGCAGUUCGGGUACUUUGCCAAGUAUCAAGACCUAUUGGCCAACGUAUUGCAAUCAGACCGGCGCCUGUGUUGAACUGCAGCCAGUUUCCGAUCCAAUCCACAACUGGAGUACGAUCCGUCAGCACUUCGUUUCCACGUUUAUCUAUCGUCACCAUUCAAGACGAGGCCGACUUCAAAGAGAAAGUGAUCAACAGCAAGAUCCCUGUACUGAUAGACUUCUACGCAGAUUGGUGCGGACCCUGCAAGAUCCUCGGUCCACGAAUCGAGAAGAUGGUUGGCAAGGAAGAUGGCAAAGUGAUACUGGCCAAAGUAAACGUCGACACGAACUCAGAGCUGGCAAUGGAGUACGGCGUCCAGUCAGUACCGACCGUGAUAGGCAUGAAAGACGGGGAGAUACAGGAAACCUUUAUUGGAGUUAAAGAUGACGAUCAGCUCAAAAGCUUCAUUGCUGCCCUUGUGAAAUAAUAACCUCGAUGUUCUAAAUCACAGUACAUACCGUUAGUUUGUUUUCCCAUUUGACGUUGCAAAUAGGAAAUGGGUUUCUGACCUAUUUCCUAUUUUUAAAAUGAAAA